GUCAGCAGCAGGACACCAUGAAGGUCUCAGCUCUCGGCUUCAGACUGCUAACAAAUAUGUUGCUGCUAGUUGCACAAAUUCUCAAAGGUUAUGCUCAGAAACAUGAUGCAGCUUUUUCUCGCAUCGUUCCGUCCAGACUGCAGCUCUUUGAAUACGAGUCCGUCACUUUUAACUGUGAGAGUUUUAACGGCUCCACUGGAUGGGAAGUAGUGCGAAGGGUUAACGGAGAAUUUACCUCAUGUGCUGCUAAAUGGAGGAGGUAUUCAGGGUCCACCUGUGCCAUCAGAAACUCCUAUCAGUCCGACAGCGGAGAGUACUGGUGUCGCACUGGAGCAGGAGGGAGAAGCAACGGGGUUAACGUCACCGUCACUGCUGGCUCAGUGAUCCUGGAGAGUCCCGUCCUUCCUGUGAUGGAGGGAGACGCAGCGACUCUGAGCUGCAGAACCAAAGCAGAUUCUUCCAACUUCACAGCGGAUUUCUACAAAGACGGCCUCUUCGUGGGGAGCGGCUCCGAGGGAGAGAUGACCAUCCACAGCGUCUCCAAGUCUGACGAAGGACUCUACAAGUGUCACAUCUAUGACUGUGGAGAAUCACCAGCGAGCUGGCUUGCUGUCAGAGAACUUCUCGGAGAUGCUCGUCCCCGCUCAGAUGACUCCUGUCAAAUUUACGUGGUCUUACGGGCCGCGAUCGUCGCUGUGGUGGUGGCUCUGCUGCUGCUGCUGCUGGGAGUACUUCACUGCUGGAAACCCAGAGGCACAUAAAUAUUGCAUACACACUUACAUGUAAAGGUCUGCUGGAGAGAAAAGAAAUUACAAUGAAGGAAACCAUUUCAGCCUGCUGUGGACACUUUAUAUCAGAACUUUUUU